GCCUGGACAGUGGGGACCACUGGGAUCCCUGGGACAACAAAGUGGAGAACCUGGAGAAGGGGAAUGUCUGGGAACUCGGCAUCCCGAAGGCGAGGGUCAGAGGAGAAGGGAGCCUUGGGACCCCCAACACUCCCAGCAUCCCUGAGUGGGACCCCCAGCAUCUCAGAAAGGGAAGCAAUUCCCAACACCAGAGGGAAGAGACCAGAGAGGGGUAACUCCUGGGAGAAUUUCUUUGGGUUAACCUUCAUAUUUUGGAGUAGUUUUUUAGCUGAAUCUCAACUUUUUGCACUUUGGGUGGGCGAGGGUUUUCUUGCUAUUUCUGAGAGGGUUUUUGCCUGAAUCUCUGAGGUUUGGGUUUUUCUGGGCUGAAUCUUGGUGUUUUGAAGGUUUUUAUGGUCACAGGAUGCCCGGUGAGUUCUAGAGAUGGACUUGGGCAGGAGGAACCCCCAAGCCAAUGCACUCAGCCCUUGUUUUCCCCCCAUCAGGAUUUGUCCUUCCCAAAGCUUGGGCGGAUGGAGGAGGAGGCUGCGAGGAAGAGGAAGAUGCCUUGGGCCCCCCAGGCAGGUGAGGAGGAAGUCAGUGUCCCUUUGGGCGGGUGUUGUGCUGGCUCUGUCAGCCGAGCAUGGCCCCGGCUGCAGGACAACCCCGCUGGCGCCGCCGUCCUGCUGGGGCCGGAGUUGGGGGGAUGUCCUUGGCCUUCCCUGUGGGCCGGAGGCAAAUCCCCUCCCUGUCCUUCUUGCUUCCUGCCCCAGGCCCCGAGCUGAGGACGGAGAGCCCGGAGGACAAAUCCCCCCGUGAGACCCUGGUGGGAGAGGCCGUUUUGAAGGGCUCCCCGGCGCAGGAAGGCAGCGGGGAGGAAAAGGGCCGGAGAUCCCCCCGCAGGAGGGGCUCCAAAGCCAUCCCAGGGGGUUCUGAGGAGGAAAGAGCCAGCCUGUGCCAGGAAGGUGGCCAGAGCCUGAGUGGGAGCUCUGACUUGGUGGUCCCUGAGCAGCCUCCCAGCAGAGAGAAACCCUUCAGGUGCUUGGAAUGUGGGAAGAGCUUCAGGCAGAGCACCCACCUGCUCCGACACCAGCACAUCCACACUGGUGAACGGCCCUACACGUGUGGGGAAUGUGGGAAGAGCUUUAGCCGGAGCUGCCACCUGAUCCGACACCAACGCAUCCACACCAGGAAACAGCCCGGGAAAGCGGAUUUGUCCUUCCCAAAGCUUGGGUGGAUGGAGGAGGAGGCUGCGAGGAAGAGGAAGAUGCCUUGGGCCCCCCAGGCAGGUGAGGAGGCAGUCAGUGUCCCUUUGGGCGGGUGUUGUGCUGGCUCUGUCAGCCGAGCAUGGCCCCGGCUGCAGGACAACCCCGCUGGCGCCGCCGUCCUGCCGGGGCCAGAGUUGGGGGGAUGUCCUUGGCCUUCCCUGUGGGCCGGAGGCAAAUCCCCUCCCUGUCCUUCUUGCUUCCUGCCCCAGGCCCCGAGCUGAGGACGGAGAGCCCGGAGGACAAAUCCCCCCGUGAGACCCUGGUGGGAGAGGCCGUUUUGAAGGGCUCCACGGCACAGGAAGGCAGCGGGGAGGAAAAGGGCCGGAGAUCCCCCCGCAGGAGGGGCUCCAAAGCCAUCCCAGGGUGCUCUGAGGAGGAAAGAGCCAACCUGUGCCAGGAAGGCGGCCACAGCUUGAGGGGGAGUUCUGAGCUGGUGGUCCCUGAGCAGCCUCCCAGCAGAGAGAAACCCUUCAGGUGCUUGGAAUGUGGGAAGAGCUUCAGGAAGAGCUCCAACCUCCUUACCCACCAGCACAUCCACACUGAGGAACGUCCCUACAUGUGUAGGGAAUGUGGGAAGAGCUUCAGGCAGAGAUCCAGCCUGAUCCGACACCAGCACAUCCACAGUGGGAAACGGCCCCACACAUGUGAGGAAUGUGGGAAGACCUUCAGGGACAGCUCCACCCUCUGCAUCCACCAGCGUAUUCACACUGGGGAACGACCCUACAAGUGCUCAGAAUGUGGGAAGAGGUUCCAGACCAGCUCACAUCUCCUGAAGCACCAGCGGACGCACACGGAUGAGAGGCCCUUCCGCUGCACUGACUGCAAGGAGGGCUUCAGGCGGAACUCCACCCUCAUCAUCCACCGACGCAUCCACACCGGGGAGAGGCCCUACAAGUGUGUGGAGUGUGGGAAGAGCUUCAGCCAGAGGUCUAAUUUGAACAAACACCAACGGACCCACCAGUAAGGGAAGUCCUAGCAGUGCCCCAACUGCAGGAAGAGCUUCGGCUGUAGGACUGACACGCAAAAAAGGUUUCAAAAGGUCUUUGGGAUUUUGAGUAUCUGCACUCCAACAUCAGUUUAUUCUUUUGAAUAAGUGUAAGUUUAACCUCAUUUUAGUCUGAAAGCCAAAUUCACCACUACCCCAUUCCCUGAUAACCGUGGGCUGAUUCUGACAAGUGAGGCAGAAAUUACCCACUGCCCAGCAAAAACCAGUGGGGCCAGCCAGUGGUCUCUGCCCUGGCAGCCCAGUUUCCCCAGUCUCAUCUCAAAAUGACCAGUUACACUGAAGCAAAGAGCACUGGAACCAGUGCAACAAGCCCCAGUCUGACUUUGACACCUGCCCACAUGUCCUGUUUUCUGCUGCUCUACAGACUUCCUUCUUUAAAAUACAAUGGAAAAAUGAACAGUUUUUGGGGUUGUUUUGGUUUUGGGCUUGGGGUUUUUUUCCCUCCCACUGUUCUCAUUAACCUCAUUUCAAAUCUAUUUCGGUGUUUGAAGAUGAAUUAAAAUUUUGAAUGAUUUUUAAUGUUAAUGCCUUGACCAAAGUAUCAAAACAUGAAAAAUACAAAAAAACCCACACCACAAAGCUGUCCAUUUUUGUCACAGUCAAACACUCAGAAGUACUAACAUAAUCACAGUGAAAACCCCAUAAAUAAGACCAUUAAAAUAAUUUUAAUAUUUACAUAUU